CGGUCCCUACCUCGCUCGUCCUCCCCCUCUUCGUCUCCUCCCGCCUCCACGCCGUCUUUAUAACCCCCGCCCACCCGCGCAGGCGCGCUCCCCCCCCCCCCCCCCCCCCCCCCCCCUCCCCAAUCAGACGGCGCGGCACUUGGCCCCACGGCGAGCUAUCUAUCUAGGUCACGAGGAAUCCACUUCCCGACUGCCGUUAGGCUGGCCGGCUGGCUUGCUGCCGCCGACAGCCUUGGCGAGCCGCAGUCCUGAUAGGCGCCCCUCCUCCCGGCGAUGGGGGGCCGCAAUCAGCGAUGGCCGACGAAACGCCACCACGACGCCUCGUCGAACCCUCGCCCCCCGCCUCCGUAUUCCGGAUACAGUCAUGUGGAUAAUCAAUGCCAAGUCCCAUUAUGGGAAAGGGAGUUUUGCAGUCUUGUUGGUGGCAUUUCGUGGCAGAGGUUCUGCGAGAAUAAGCACUUUGCUUAUAUGUACAAGGAGAUAGAGCAGUGGGAUGAUUCGGGAGCCUUUGAGAAUUUCCAGAACGCAAAAUCAAGGUUCUCGUCUCAUUACCAUGGCCAGCCAUCCAAUAUACCUUUCCCCGACCCUGAUCUGUACAUUGACGAGGUCGACCACCGUUGUGAGGUCGACCCUGAGUUGCUAGCUGACCUGGACAAGGUAAGGGUACCAUUUGAGGUGGACAACGAGCCUGCCGUAGCUGCCAAUAACAGGUGUGCCCAGAACCAGUCAGGGAACUGGGACAUCUACCUAGAGAAGCCGACCGCUGAGGUGAACAAGUGGGAGGCGGCAGACAACUCGAGAUCCAACGCAGGUUGGGGAGCGAGUCAGGAGCCUCUGAGCGGCUGGAACAAAAUCAGCACCGGCUGGGGCGACGCCCUGGCGCAGCCCAGUUGGGCCAGCUCAGGCAACAACCAUCGCUCAUGGAAUAACUGGAACAGCUCACAUGGAGCAUCCAACAACAAUAACACAUACUACCAGGAUCCAGGCAGCGCAUAUGGCAGGAAAAGGAACAGCGGCGGCGGGUACUCGCAGCAGAGGAGCAGCAAGCAGAGGAACCAGGCUGAGAGCCACCACCAGAGGGGCAGAUGGCAGGAUCACCGGGACAGGGGGAGGCAUGGUGAGCGGUUCCCGUUUGACAAUAGGCCAAACGGGCAACGAGCCGAGCGCGGCUUCUGAGUUUGGUGGUGUGAAGGUGAGCGAGAAACUGUGGAAAUGUUUUGGUUUUAUGAUAAAUGAUGCGAGUUUCUAGUGUCUUUUGUAAUGGCUGGAUGUUGGGAAAAUGCUUUACCUGUAAUGAGGUAUGUCAGGUUCUGUUGCUGCUCUUU